ACCCUACCCGACCGACUCUUCCAGUCUCCUCGAGUUUCCUUCAACCUCCCGUACGCUUCGAUCCGUGCGCCAUGGCGCCCAAGGCGGAGAAGAAGCCGGCCGAGAAGAAGCCCGCGGAGGAGAAGGCCGAGAAGGCCCCCAAGGCGGAGAAGAAGCCCAAGGCCGAGAAGCGGCUGCCGGCGUCCAAGGAGGGCGGCGACAAGAAGGGCAAGAAGAAGGCCAAGAAGAGCGUCGAGACCUACAAGAUCUACAUCUUCAAGGUGCUCAAGCAGGUGCACCCGGACAUCGGCAUCUCCUCCAAGGCCAUGUCGAUUAUGAACUCGUUCAUCAACGACAUCUUCGAGAAGCUCGCGCAGGAGGCGGCGCGCCUCGCCAGGUACAACAAGAAGCCCACCAUCACGUCGCGCGAGAUCCAGACCUCGGUCCGCCUCGUCCUCCCCGGCGAGCUCGCGAAGCACGCCGUCUCCGAGGGCACCAAGGCCGUCACCAAGUUUACCUCCUCCUAGAUUGCUAGAUGAUGCGCCCCCUUUGACCUUAUCUGUUCUUCGCCUCUUCCCCCUAGUUAGGGGGUCGAUGAUAAGUUUGUAUUUUGUAAUUGGUGAUGCUGGUUUACGAAACGAUGAAAUGAAUGGUAGUGCCACGUUUGGUAUCUGAA